AUGAAACAGUUACCAAAACUAUAUCAAAGUGUUGAAGGAAUCACAGUCAAACCCAGUGAAAUAUCAAUAACAACUUCAAAGCCAAUGAUGAAGUUAACAAUUGGAAAUAAAACGAUCCACAGAGAGUUGCAGAUGAGGUCGCCAGAUAAUCGAAUUCGGCGACUUAUUCAUCCCUACAUGCCUUAUUACUUCCCCACUAAUGAUUAUAAUAAUCCAAGGGAAUACCGACCAUUGCAUCAAAACAUGAUGGUGCGGAAAAAACCGCCACCGCAAAUUCCAAGCAUUGCACUUCUUUAUGGAGGCCCUUCAAAAUUCCCACCCCAUCGACCAGCAGUAACAGCUGGUUUUGUCUACAAAGCAAGGCCUGAACCAUUCAAGACUUACACUCGAUUCCAACCACAGAUGCAACCAAGCUACAACAAUUACAAUUAUCAACCACUUAGUAGCGGAUAUCAUCCUCAAGUUAAUCAGCAAAUAGUUGCAACAUCUGAGAAGCCAAAUUUUAUAUCCGAGAAAAAUAACUUUACACCAUUUUUAGACACAAACAAGUUGCCAGGUGAUUUUGUGCCAAUAUUUAAGAAUACAAAUUUACCAUACAAAAGUUAUGCUGAGAAUUACGUUCCAAAUAGUGGCGUCAGAUACCAUUCUAAACUUGUUCCUUCAAAUGAUUAUAACAAGAUUACAGCUUCGACUGUAAAAUUUUCAACUCCAACUCCAGUUUUCAUAACAACAGAAGCUCCACAAAUUUCUGCGGAAUUCCCCAGUUCUCCUGAAAAUUCCUAUGAUUAUAUUGAAAUAUCAGAUCCAACGACAACACCUUUGCCUCCAUCUGAUUAUCAUACUGUGAAAGUCACAACCUUCGCCCCUGAUCCAAAAUUCAUUGAAAAGAUAAAAAUAUUAGCAGCUCAAAAGCAAUAUGAAGAAGAACUUGCUGACAUCCAUACAAGUUCACCAAAAGAAGUUCUUUCAAAACUUCAACAAACAAAUCACUUGCCUGAAACAUUUACACCUGAUAACGUCGACAAUUCGAUUAAAACGCUGGUUAAAAUUCUUAACAACAUGAAACAUAAAGAGCUAGCUAAGAAACCACCGACAGUUUAUAGCAAUCAAGCUGAUGAAGAUUAUGAUGGCUAUGAUGAUUAUGAUGACACUAUAAAAGACGGAAGUCCGGGACCUAACAGUGGUCGACCGGGAAUUGAUUAUCCAAACUUCCAUGAAAUCCCACAAACAACUUUCACAUGCCGAGAUCAACGUUACAAAGGUUUCUUUGGGGAUCCAGAAACAGAUUGUCAAGUUUGGCAUUAUUGUGAUUUAAAUGGAGGAAAAGCAAGCUUUUUGUGUCCGAACGGAACAAUUUUCUCUCAAAUUGCACUGACAUGUGAUUGGUGGUUUAAUGUUCGAUGUUCAACAACUCCACAACUUUAUGUUUUAAACGAGCGUCUCUACAAAUACAUUUUGCCAUUCACACCGAAAUUCCCUGAAGAUUAUAGCGGUCCUUUGGUCGAUAAGUAUUUGGCAAUUAAGUUUCAAGAAAUGGAAGAGAAACUUAAAUUAGAAAAGGAGAAAGAACGAGAAGAAGAAUUGAAAAAGUUGACUGAAGAAUCAAGUGAAGUGAAGCAAACACAAAAUGAACUAAAAGAUGAAAUUGAAAUCCAAUCUGAUGAAUCAGAAGAUGAAGCUACUGUAGAGAGAUCGUCCGUUGAAAUUAGUCAAGAAAAUAUGACAUAUACUUCUGACCCUAUAAUAAAUCCUAUUCUUGAUGUGCCGAAAUCAACUCCACAACCUGUUUUAGAAUUGCCACCAAUUCCUAAAACGAUCGUAGAACAGGAAAGAAUUGAAUUGAUUGAGAUCAAAAAUGACGGAACAAGUGGCCAUUUGACUCAUGACUUACAUUAGUUUUUUUUACCAAGGAAGCCUUUUAAGUGAUAUUUGUUAAAUAUGUGCGCUGCUAUUUAUUUUGUAGAUAUUUUUGCUUCCAUAAUAAGUUUAGACAUUUUCCUCAUAAUUUUCUAUAAAAUUAAAUUCUUUUAGUAAA